AUGCAACGGUACUCAUUACUGAAAGCGGGGGCAGCAUUGAUCUUCAUCUGCGGUUUCGUUGCUGUGCUCAUUAACAGCGAUCCAUUGCCUGGUGUCCGCAAAGCAGCCUUGCGACAUCGUCGAAAGGCCCAGUCAUUGCAACAAGAUGCUGUUGAAAGGGACUUUCGAAAUCCAGUUGAAACAUUCGACAAUAAUAUUAGGCAAAAGGACCCCAACGCGGGGCGAAAAUUCACUCUUGAGCUGGCAAGUUUAAAGGAUGGAGAGAGUGGCAAAAUUGUAAUUGAAACAAAACCGUCUUGGUCCCCCCUUGGUGUCCAGAGGUUUCACGAGCUCAUGGAUGAUAAGUUUUAUGAUCAGGCCAAAUUCUUCCGGGUUGUCGAUGAUUUCAUUGUUCAAUUUGGCAUCAACGGGGAUCCAAAGAAACCAAAGCCAUCCCGCAUUAAAGACGACGAAGUCAAGCAAACAAACUCAAGGGGUACUGUCACAUUUGCAAUGGCGGGGAAAAAUUCGAGGACAAGCCAGCUCUUUAUCAACACACGGACGGAUGGAAAUGCAUUUCUUGACAAGCAAGGUUUUGCUCCGAUUGGCGAGGUCAUUGUUGGUAUGGAUGUUGUAGAUGCGAUCUACAACGUCUACGGCGAGAAACCUGACCAAGGACAAGUUCAAAGUCGGGGCAACAAGUAUCUUGAUAAAGAAGCAAGUAAGCUUACUUCGGGACAUAGUUCACGUGGAUCAACAGGAGUUGUGAGAGACUGCAUGGGCUACUUUUGA